CGUUGUUGUGAUCUAACAUGGCGGAGUGUAGUGUUGUGGCUGUUCAGUGUCUAUGUCAAUUUUAGAGUGAUUCUGCUUAAUAAGAACGAAGGAACUGCCAUGGUCGGCGAUCACGGUACGACGGAGGAUCGAGCGAAAUAGACGUGCGUGUGCGAGCGUUCGUAUCACGAGAGAAUCGGCGUUAAUUUCGAUCUUGUUUGUCGCGGGAACCGUACACAGCGGCAAGAAGAGCACGCAGAGUGCUGUCUUCCCAGCAACGAAAUUUUCCCCGGAGCUUUUGGAAGAACGAGUUCCUCCGCAGGAUCGAUUCCAUGCAUAUUUGUGGUCCCUUAGGUUCGCGUAACCACGACACGUGAACGCGAGAACGCGCGCGACGUGAAGUUUUCCCGCGCGUCCCGUGAGCUUUUCUUGGCGCAAGAAUCAAGGCUUAUGCAACGAAGAGCGCAUAAACAUCUAUUACGGCUACCGAAGUUUGUUAGCGAUUGUUGCUACGAGCAAACAAGGAUACCCUUAUGGCGUUUCUGUUUGUUCGGACCAGUAUCAUUGAUUUGUUCGCAUCAUCGGGCAAACAUUGCUGCUUACACCAGUCUUAAGGGAACUUGGCACCGAACGGUUUCUCAUGUCCUGUGAGAUAGCUUUUCCAAUAAGAAGCCUUAAUGGGUUACAAGAGAGCAAUUGACGGUUCGAUAUACGUGGACUGUUGUGCAUUAGUCGAUUCAUUGGAGAGUUGAGGACAGCGUGCAUAAGUUAGUUUUACAAUAUGACGGAUACACGCAGAAGAGUGAAGUUGUACGCGCUCAAUGCGGACAGACAAUGGGACGAUCGUGGCACAGGUCAUGUAUCCUCUUCGUACGUAGAUAGAUUGAAAGGAAUUUCUCUUUUAGUCAGAGCCGAGAGCGACGGUUCUGUUUUGUUGGAAAGUAGAAUACAACCUGACACUGCAUAUCAAAAACAGCAGGAUACAUUAAUAGUAUGGUCGGAAGGCGAUAACUUUGAUUUAGCCUUAAGUUUUCAAGAAAAGGCUGGCUGUGAUGAGAUUUGGGAGAAGAUCUGUCAAGUUCAGGGCAAGGAUCCGUCUGUGGAAAUUACCCAAGAUAUUGUAGAAGAGUCGGAAGAUGAACGGUUCGACGAUAUGCCAGAUACCGCACCCCCGAUAGAACUGCCUCCUUGCGAAUUAAGUCGAUUGGAAGAUAUUAAUGAAUUAGUAGGAAAUUGUUUAUCUUCUCAGAUGAGAAAAGACAAGUUGGCGUUAGCUUUAGAAUCUGAAGGCUAUAUCAAGAAACUGUUGAAUCUAUUUCAUACGUGCGAAGACCUGGAGAACAUCGAAGGAUUGCAUCAUCUGUACGACAUAUUCAAGAAUAUUUUCUUACUGAAUAAGAAUACUUUAUUCGAAGUAAUGUUUAGCGAUGAUACGAUUUUCGAUGUUGUUGGAUGCUUGGAGUACGAGCCGACAUUACCUCAGCCAAAGAGGCAUAGAGAAUACCUGCGACAGUUAGCCAGAUUUAAACAAGCGAUUCCUAUCACAAACGCGGAACUGUUAGCGAAGAUUCAUCAAACGUAUCGAGUUCAGUACAUUCAGGACGUAGUUCUGCCAACACCAAGCGUAUUCGAGGAUAACAUGUUGAACACGUUGAGCAGCUUUAUAUUUUUUAAUAAGGUCGAGAUAGUGACCCUUAUACAGGACGACGAGAAAUUCCUCACCGAAUUGUUCCGUCAGUUAACGGACGAGGCAACAUCCGAUAGUAAAAGACGCGAUCUAGUUCUUUUCUUAAAGGAGUUUUGUAACUUUUCUCAGAAUCUACAGCCGCAGGGGAAGGAGGCCUUUUAUAAAACUUUAACAGCUCUUGGUAUUUUACCGGCACUAGAAAUCACAUUGGCAAUGAACGACGCCCAAACGAAAACAGCCAGUAUAGAUAUAUUGACCUAUAUCGUGGAGUAUUCUCCGAGCGUUGUUCGAGAUUAUACAUUGCAGCAAAUAAACAAUACAGAACAGGACCAAAUGUUAAUAAACGUAAUAGUUGCUCAGCUCGUCGGCGACAGCGACCCGGAGUUAGGCGGAGCAGUACAAUUAGCCGGUGUGUUACGAUUGCUCCUCGAUCCAGAAAAUAUGUUGGCUUCCGUUAACAAAUCAGAAAAGACUGAUUUCUUGAACUACUUCUAUAAAAAUAGUAUUGGAACAUUGAUAGCGCCGCUGUUGGCGAACACGAUCGGUGACCGGCCGGCGAGAGAGGAUUACAGAACAGUACAGCUCUUAGGAUUGAUCUUAGAGUUACUAUCGUUCUGCGUAGAGCAUCAUACGUACCACAUAAAGAAUUGCAUAUUGAAUAAGGAUCUGCUCAAACGGAUAUUGGUCUUGAUGAAAUCAACGCACACGUUUUUAGUGUUGUGCGCAUUGAGGUUUAUGAGGAAAAUCGUAGCUCUGAAGGAUGAAUUUUAUAAUAGAUACAUCAUCAAAGGAAAUUUAUUCGCACCUGUAUUUGAUGCAUUUGUAAGAAAUAAUGGUAGAUAUAAUCUAUUGGAUUCAGCUAUACUUGAGAUGUUUGAGUUUAUUAAAUUGGAGGACAUCAAAUCUUUGUGUUCGCACGUUGUCGAGAAUUUCUCGAAAGAACUGGAAGCGAUCGAUUAUGUGCAGACGUUCAAAGCUCUGAAAUUGAGGUACGAGCAGCAUCAAGACAAAUUAAAGGACAGAGACAGAGCGGCCCUUGACAGUGUUCCAUCCAUAUUGAGAAAUAGUCGAUACAGAAGGGACCAGAGACAGUUAGACGAAGAGGAGGAAAUGUGGUUCAACGAAGAGGAAGACUUUGACGAGGGUGAGGCGGUCGUACCCGCAGCAGCAGCAGAUCUUGUGCCUCCGGCUUCUGCUAAGAAACAGUCGUCAACUUCAAAUUCUGCACUUAAUCCCGCUCUUGCAGAUUCGAAAAGCCACCAUCAGCAGCAGCAACAACAGCAGUCUGUCUUGAACAAUAACACUGCUAACAAUAACAUUACCUCGCAGCAAUCGCAAAUCAGCAACAGUACAACAACAACGACGAACGAGUCCCCUAUCUCUUCGGAAGUUAAUCCAAAUUCGACUACCGGCACGGUGGAGAAAACUGGUACUUCAUUAUUUAAAAAGGGUUUGGUUGAUUACGAGGCCGACUCGGACGAGGAAGACGAAGACACAGAGGUGACGCCUUCGCCGAAGCGACAGAGAUUGUCAUAGUAGGCAAACCGGAAGGGAACGAGGAACUCGUGAUUCUUGAACCGCUGCUACCAUUUCUGGCCCUCCCCCCUUCGCUCCUACGUGCACGAAGGAUUCGAGAUCCGGAGGUCGUACAGUCAGCCCGUCCUUUUGUCUAACAGAAGGAAGGGGAAGAAGAACAGGAAAAUCGGUUUUUCUUGAAGUGAGUGAACGCUCGCGGGAGGCUCGGGUGGUUUUACAAUGAAAGUGGUGGAACAGAGAAAUUGCUGUACCUCUUUGUGUGUCCUCGGGUUGUGGUAGUACACCAGAUCGGUAAUGGGAACGUGCAGGUGGGUGAAAGGGUUCGAGAAAUGGGAGCGUACACGCCUAACCGAGAAAAGAAAACAAAGUAAAGCGAAGGAGAACGGGGGGAGAGGGAGAGAGAGAGAGAGAGAGAGAGAGAGAGAGAGAGAGAGAACGAGCCGACGCGAUACGAAAGGAAGAGAGAACUUUCUUGAACAGGAGAACGUUGAACGACGUUGUUAACGGGUGGAGUUCGUGGCCGUCGCAUAAAUAUCGUAUAACGCGUUGAUCGGUGGUAAGAUUGGAAACGACUCGCGAAAAUAACAAUCCAUUCCAUGCUGUCUGGAUAACACACCCCAUUGUACUAGGAGAGAAGUAAUUUCACGAUUAUGGGCUAAGAAACUCUAGCCGGGCCUAGUGGUUCUUACAAAGAGAUACAGAGAGUUCGAAGCGUGCGCUUUGAUUCCAUGUAACAAUUGAAACAAUUGAAACAAUUCAAGGGAACGAUUCAAACAUAAAGAAAGAGAAAAACGAUACCGUGACCGCGUGUCGUACUUUGCAUCUAUUUAAGGAAAAACGGACGAAAGGAGAAACUUCUUAUGUAUAAAAACAAAAACGAACCAGCAAAGAAAUUCACAUGUAAAAGUACAUGAUGUACCGCACAAAAAAUAACCGA